GAUGCUCCGUCACGCGGCACGUCUUGGCACUCCUCCCAGACACAGCUCCGGAGAACCAGGAGAAGAACCAGCCCCUUCCAAAGCAAAGCCCGCCAGAGAGCCAGGCCAGCCAGAGCCAGCCACCUGAAAGCCAAAACCCACCAGAAAGCCAGGCCAGCCAGAGCCAGCCCCCGCAAAGCCAAGAACCGCCAGAAAGCCAGGCCACCCAGAGCCAGCCCCCGCAAAGCCAAAAACCGCCAGAAAGCCAGGCCACCCAGAGCCAGCCCCCGCAUAGCCAAAAACCGCCAGAAAGCCAGGCCAGCCAGAGCCAGCCCCCGCAAAGCCAAAAACCGCCAGAAAGCCAGGCCAGCCAGCCGCAGCCCAAAGCCUUGCCGAAAAAGGGUUUGCAGCCCACCAGCAAAUUCAAGCCAGGCCCGCAGCAGGACGAUGAGUAUGACCCAGGAGAGGAAGCCAUUGCCCCUCCCGAGCAGGUGAGCAAAGGCACACUGAUGAAAAGGCUGGCACGCUUGUGCACGCCGAGGGAGGAUGGAUCCUUGAAGCUACCGGCCGAUGUCAUCGAGACUUACAAAAACCUCCGGACACGAGACGAAGUCUACCGAAGCUUCGAGAAAUGCGGUUGCGACCCCGUCUGCCCUGUGCUGUUCUCCAAGAGAAUCAACCGGAAGUAUGAAGAGAUCAACGAAAAAUCCGUGGAGACAGAGUUCGAGUUCCUUACAGAGCAGGAGAUGGAAGAGAAAGGCUGGAGCGAGAAGAAGAUCAAGGGUGCCAAGAAAAGCUGUGAGAAACGGCCGGGCUGGAAGAGGAAGUCUGAGUACUGCGAUGACUACAUGUACUGGGUGGCUGUGAGAUUGAAAGGCUCGAACAAGAAGACCAAGAGGAACACGGUGGCAGAAAUUUUGGAGGGCUACGACCAGGAGCCCAUGCAGGAGCCAGACGAGGCCAUGGAGGAGUUCCCCUUCAACCUCGAUGGCGAUGGGGGUGAUGCUGGAAAGACUGGAGGAGAUGAGUCGUCCGACGAUGACAGCAGCGACGACGGCGAGGAGGCCAGCCGCAUCUUGAAGAAGGUGAACUUUCCCGAGCGAAGCUCGAAGCUGGCCCCGGUGCUGUCAAAGCUUGAGAGUUUGGAGAAGCAGAUGCCGCUCUCGACUUCGCAAAGCAAGUACAAAGACAGCUUGAAAACGAUCGUGGACAAGCUCACUGACUUGGAGGACGAGCUGACGACCAUAUACAGCAACGGGGUGGCGAAGACGAGGCAACUCGGCGAGGCCGUCGAGGCAGAGAUGAUCUUCGAGCGAUCCAAGAAUAUCAAGCUACCGGCGAAUCCCGAGUCCGUCAAGCAGGAGCCAAAGGUGAAAGCUAAGCCGAAGCAAGUUGCCCAGAAGGCCAAGGCCACUGCCAAGGACACCAAGCGAUGCAUCAACCAGAUGCAGAACCCGACCCAGCCGGAGGAGAAGCGGCGACAGGCCCCGAACGAGGAGAGAGAUUGCCAUAGGCUUUUUAAUCGCUGGGGUUUAUCCCUGCCUGUGCCAAUAACCGAAAAGACUUUCGUUCUGGACGAUAGAGAGAAAGCUGAGACUGCUUAUAUACGAGUCCAAGACUGGCUGCUGUAUCUCUUGAAACGGAAUCGUUCGUUGCUGGCUGGAGGCAACGACUCUUUGGAGUUCCAACUGGAGGCCUACUGGAUGGCUUACAGGCAGACUCACAGCACCCAUCCGGUGUUCGGUCGAGGGCUGGACCUCGGGACCACGAUUCCAUUGGCUUUUUAUUCGGAUGAAGGCAAGGGCCCGAAACGAGGCAACUUCGUGGUGGUCGCCAUCGAGUCGCCGAUUGGUUUAAUGGACGUGGCCGAUGACUUUACUUGCACUUGUCAAGAAGAUGUGAAGAAAGCACCACAGCAGUUUGUUCCGGGCCAGCAAGCAGCCGGCCCGUACACGCCGAUGGAGGAGGCCGCCUUGAAGCAGAGCACUACAUGCAAAGGCCAUUCUUACCUCACCAGGCAUGUGCUGUUUGGACUUCCAGAUUGGAUUUAUAAACAUCACCCGGAAGUCUUGGAGAAGAUGACACAGCAAGUGGCUGACGAGCUCACCACGCUUUUUUCUUCAGGCCUAGAGAUAAAUGGGAAGGUUUAUACGGCUUGCCUUGUUGGAAUCAAGGGUGAUCUGAAACAGAUCGCUGAGAAAAUAGCUUAUCUGAAUCGAUACUAUGCCCGUUUGGGCCCGGUGAGCUACAACGGUGUCUGUGCACAUUGUAUGGCGGGUACGAGCCCAACCCUUCCUUUUGAUGAGCUUUCGCAUGAGCCAUCCUGGGCUUCGACACUUCAUCAGCAGCGACCUUGGGCCUCAACACCUGCUUUGUGCACUGUCCCGCACGACGAUGAUGCACCGGAAAGAGUUCUGAAAUAUGACAUGUUUCAUCUUUACAAAGUUGGCCUUGGGCGAGAUAUUUGUGGGUCCCUGGUUUUAUUGGCUCGCCUUGGAUAUUAUGAUGAUCCAAAUGGCGGAGAUGAGACAAAUCUCCGGGCGAGGCUCAUCCGGUGCUUCCAACAUUUCAGGCUCUGGCGGCUGGCGGCUGGGAAAUCUGCAGCAGUGCGGUAUUUCUCGGCAUCGCUCUUCAAUCUGAAGAGGCUUUCCGACUUUGCAUGGUCCAACACGAAAGGGUCGGACACCAUGCUUUUGUUGGAAUAUCUCAGCUUCUAUCUCACGAUCCUGCUGAGAAGACCGAACUUGCCGGCUGCACAUGCUGUUAUGUUUCGUGUACUGAAGAAGACGAUCGGGGAGUCCCAGAAGGCCUUCAAUCUCAUGUACAAACAUGGACUUUGGCUACGGAGGACAUGUGCACAGAACCUGUACUUGCGACUGAUGUCGGUGCUUUCGGGAUACCAGCAUCUCGCUCAGCAUGCCCUGACGAUGGGCAUGACUUUCUUUGCAUUGAAGCCCAAGUACCAUGCCAUCCAUCAUGUGGCAUAUGAACUCCGGGUAGCAUUGCUGACCGAGGCAAAGCUGAUCCCCAACCCUAUCACCUGGAACUGUGAAAUGGGUGGGGACCUCCUCGGCCGAAUUUGUGCUUUGUCGCUCAAGGUAUCGGUCACGACGAUCAACAAGAGGGUGCUGCAAAGGCACUUUCUGAAGAAGGCUGCCCUAAUCCGGAGGCAUCGACAGGAUCGAUCCAAGCGAAAGAUGCGGCUCUGA